GUGUCUAUAAAUACUCCCUUUAAACUCCCGUUUUAACUCACAACAAGGCAAUGGCAAUGGCAACAUCCUCUCGAUCAUACACCGUCUUCCUCUUCUUCCUCGUCUCCGUCCUGUUUUUUCUCUCGUUCUCUCUGCAAUUGGGUGUGGCUGAUGCAAACCUCCUUCCUUCAGAUUGCAAGCCGAGGUGCGAAUAUCGAUGCUCGGCGACGUCGCACAAGAAGCCGUGCAUGCUCUACUGCCAAAAAUGUUGUGCAAAAUGUCUGUGUGUGCCUCCAGGGACCUCCGGCAACAAGGAAGUUUGCCCUUGCUACAAUGACUGGAAGACUAAGGAAGGACGUCCUAAAUGCCCUUGAAAUUCAUUUGCUAACACAUUUUAAACAUCCUUAGAACUCUUUGGUUGUUGUUUGCUAUCAUAAUCUGAACAUCUAGAUUUAGAUGCAAGGAAAAUGAGUGAAGUUGUUCGGUGAAGAAAGUAAUUGAAGUGUUUUGAAUGAGAGAAUAAUUGUAAUCUUGGUCACUUGAAUAAGAGGAACAUUGCAAUCUUGGUUGCUUGAUCUCCAGCAAAGUAAUUGAACUUUAUGCACAAACUCUGCAAUUUCCUGCC